CAACUUUAUAAAUACCUUCAAACACCUCUAUUUUCCUUUCAAAAACCCAUGGAUUGGUUUUCUUGGCUGUCAAAAACAGAACUAGAGCCAUCUCUUGUUUAUGAAUAUGGUCUAGCAUUUGCUCAUAAUGAGCUAGAACAAGACGAUAUCGCGUAUUUCAAUCACGAAUUCCUUCAAAGCAUGGGCAUUUCUAUAGCCAAACACAGGCUAGAAAUCCUCAAACUUGCCAAGAAAGAACGAGGAAAUGUUCCGAAUUCAAUGUCAAAGUUUCUCCUGGUAAUGAAACGUACGAAGAAACGUUUUUCAAAGUAUUUUAGGACGUGGAUUCAUCGCGAUGAGUCAGCACUUGCACUUGUGUCAAGAAGAAGUUAUAGUUCAAGAAUAUGGAAGAGGACAAAAAUGAUGAAAAGGAACAAGAGUGUUGUGGCACCAGCAAAACAUACUAGUAGUACUACUUUGUUGCUUACAAAUGGUAGUCCAAUAUUCAUGUCGAGUUCAUUAAGAAUGGAUAGUUUUUCGAGCGCGAUGGUUCAUGAGAAGAUGGAGGUUGAUUGUGGUGAUUAUUGGGGUUCUUCUGUAGUUGAAGAGAUCAAGUGGGAUUCAAUGUUUCAAAAUAUGAAACCAACUUGAAUUUUUCUCUUGUUUUUGGUUAUAAUUGGUGAGAGAUAACUUUUUGGUUCUUUCACCAAAUUUUUCAAGAUUUGGUUUGGUAGGGUGUUUUUAGUGUUGGUGGUGGGGAUAAAAGCAAUGAUUAUGUGCGUUGAUAAUUUGAUAUGAUGAGGAUCUAUAUUAGUAAUGAAUGAGAUUCACUUCAUGAUUUUGCAUAUU